AUGUCCCGGACUGACAUUGUGAGUAGCCUCCUUUGGGGUAUCGUCUCGUGCCUGUGGUUGUUGGCUAUCAUCACGGGCAUUGUCUGGUUCUUCAUCUGGCUCUUCCACGGCUCCCGCUGGCACAUCAAUGUCGACGUUGAGUCUGCCACCCUCGCCCGCUUUGAUCUCGACAGCAACAAUACCCUCCUCUACAACCUAACCCUGGGAGUAAGCUUCAAGAAUCCCAACUCCGCCACCGUCUUCUACGACAAGAUCGCCGUCACUGCUCUCUAUGACGGCAAAGUAUUCUCCACAGCAGGCAUCCCCAGCUUCACUCAGAGCACCAGAGCACCCACAAGGAUCUACCCAGCGUUCGAGGAGAAAGAGUCGAUGAGCAGCAACUGGUCAUUGGCCGCGUAUAACAAGGAGAAAGUGGAAAGGAUCUACCACAUUAAUGUGACGUUCAACACGAGGAUCCAGAUUGAGUGGUCCCAGACCAACGAAACCGGAACGCAAAAAUAUAGUAAAGGGUACACUUGGGAGGCGAACUGCGCGUUGACCAUCCCCACGGUUGACUCUGCGGCUACGUUCAACAAAACUACAUGCGACGUUAAGUUUUGA